AUGUCUUGUAGCGAUAUCAAGAGCAAAUCCGCAGACGGCAAACAUGCCCUUCCAGACUUGGAAUUACAAACGACCAACCAACAAGGUCAGAUCCUCAGUCUGACAGGUGUCAAUGUGUCGAGUAAUGUCCAUCGUACUCGACCCAUGACGCUAUGGGAGACGAUAUCAGCAAGCUGGAUCAUCUGCAACAGCUGGGCGGGUAUCGCUGCCACUAUAGCACUGGCCAUCACCCUCGGAGGUCCCGCUAUUCUCAUCUAUGGCCCGAUUGUCAUGUUCCUGCUCGUCGGCUGCUGUGCUAUAACGCUGGCAGAACUCGCCAGUGUCUAUCCGACGGCGGGCGGGCAGUAUCACUGGACGUCAAUCUUGGCGCCCAAGAAACUGAGUCGCGGUCUUAGCUACUUUUGCGGGACCGUCAAUGUCUUUUCGUGGAUUACCAUUUGCUCCGGAAUCGCCAUCAUUGGACCGCAACUCAUCCUCGGCAUGGUACCAUUUUUCAACGACGAGUAUAUUGCUCAGCCGUGGCAUGUGUUUCUUUUAUACCAGAUAUUCAACCUGCUGGUUCUUUUGUACAAUAUAUUUGUGCUCAAACAUACUCUUUGGGUACAUACCCUGGCACUGGCCGUGUCGAUACUCAGCUUUGCGGCAAUCCUCAUCACUUGUGUUGCGCGCGCUCCUACAUACCAAGAGUCUGCUUUUGUCUGGAACACUUUGCUCAAUGGCAGUGGCUGGGACUCGGAUGCCGUCGCCUUCUUGAUUGGUCUCGUCUCUCCCAACUACAUGUACGCGGGUAUCGACGGCGCCCUGCACUUGGCCGAGGAGUGCACAAAUGCCGCCAUUGUGAUCCCGCGAGCCUUGCUAAGUACUAUUACCAUUGGUUUUGUCACUUCUUUUGCAUUCAUGAUUGCCAUGGUCUACUGCGUGCAAGACUUUGAAAUGGUCGUUUCUACGAGUACUGGAGUCCCAAUCUAUGAACUUUGGUAUCAAGCGACAUCUUCUAGAACAGUUGCCAACUUUUUCCUGUGCCUACUCCUCUUGGCAGUCAUCUUUGCCUUGAACGGCGCACACCAAACAGCGUCGCGACUGACAUGGUCGUUUGCUCGCGACAGUGCAUGCUGGGGAGACACUCUGAUCAAACGGGUGCAUCCAGACCUAGAGGUACCAGUCUAUGCUCUCCUCGUGAACUUUGGCAUCAUGUUCAUCAUUGGCUGCGUCUACCUCGGAUCGACAUCGGCUUUCAACGCAAUAAUCGGCACGGGCUUGACGCUACAGCACAUGACGUACGCCAUCCCGGCAGCGCUCGUCAUGUUUAGAAAGAGAUCAGCCAAGAUUCUGCCCAAGAAUCGAGCCUUUGCCGUACCCAACGCUCUGGGGUACGUGGCGAAUAUCAUGACUGUCGCCACGGCCGUUCUGGCACUCGUAUUCUACGAUUUUCCGACCACGCUACCGUCCACGGGCGACAAUAUGAGCAAGUGCAUUGUUCCAAUCUCACAAGAGUCAUGCUUACAAUUUUCCAGAUUAUGGCGUCGCUGUUUUAGCAGUAAUGGCUCUAUUUGGCUGUAUCAAUUGGUUUGCACACGCCAGGAAACAUUUUCAUGGACCAAGACUUGA